AUGUUGAUAGAUCAAUUUGUAUUGAUUGCAGCUGAAGAAGGCAUUUAUUCAUUAAAUCUCAAUGAAUUACAUGAUGCUACUUUAGAAUUGUUAUAUCCUCGACGAACAACUUGGUUAUUUGUUAAUGAUAAUAUUCUUUGGUCAAUAUCAGGCAAAUCAAAUAGUUUAUAUCGGCAUGAUCUGUUUUUAUUAAUGCAAAAUAAAAGUACAACUCGAUUAUCAUUACCAUUAAAUAAAUUUCCAAUAUCAGGAAAAUUUGAAAAAUUAAUGCCGAAAAAAUCGGCAACAUCUAUUAAAAUAAAUAAUACACGUGGAUGUAUUCGAUGUUGUGUUGGUCGAAAUCAAUAUAAUGGAUUUAUUUAUCUUGCUGGAAUGUUAAUCAAUGAAAUAUUUCUUAUGCAAUAUUAUGAUCCAUUAAGAAAAUUUAUGAAUUUAAAAACUGUUUCUAUUUCAAUACCUGUUGAACCAAAGAUUUUUCAAAUGAUAUUUUCACCAGAAAAUCAAUAUGCUUAUGUAUGUGUUGGUGUUAGUAAAAAUAAAUUUUCACCGAAUUCAUUUAAAUUUGCUGCAAUUAAUUUUGAAACUGAAAAAGUGGAAAAUUAUGAUGAUGCCUCUCUUCUUUCUAAUGUUUCUCGUGUGAUACAACAUGAAAAGGAUGUUGAUACAGUACUUAUUAGUCAAGGAAAUCAUAUAAAUAUUGUGAAUUCUCAAGGUAAACCGCAGACAAAUAGACAAAUAUUAUCUGAUCUUUAUUUUGAUUAUGAAAUUCAAUCAUUAGUAUGUUUACAAGAUAGUGUACUUGCAUUUCAUAAACAUGGUAUGCAAGGUAGAAGUUUAAGAGAUAAUGAAGUUACACAAGAAAUUUAUGAUCAAACUCGAUCAUUUCGAGUUAUUGGUAGUGAUCGAUUGGUCGUCUUACAAAGUCGUUCAUUUGAUCAAUUACAAUCAUCUAGUGCAUUAAAUACGGUACCAUCUGAUUUACAUAUUUUAAUGGGCCAUGAAAAUACAUAA